AUGAUCAAGGGAAUGGUGAAUGAUGGUGUUAUUGAACCUUUAUCUAGUCCAUUAUGUUCACCUGUGGAGCUAGUAAAGAAGAAAGACGGCAGUAUACGGUUUCGUCUUUACUGCCGUCUGAAUGACGUUACGAAAAAGGACAGCUAUCCCUUGCCAAGAAUUGAUGACACGCUGGACAUGCUUACAGGAGUAAAGUGGCUUAGCACGCUGUACCUGAACAGUGGCUACUGGCAGGUUGAAAUUAAUCCUAAGGACAAGAAGAAAACUGCAUUUUCGACAGGAAAGGGUCUGUGGCAAUUUAAAGUUAUGCCGUUUGGAUUGUGCAAUGCUCCAGCAACGUUUGAAAGGUUGAUGGAGCUUGUACUUAUCGGGCUACUUGGCGAUACCUGUCUGGUAUACUUGGAUGAUAUCAUCAUCAUAGGCCGUAUGUUUGAGGAACACCUUGAAGGUGUUCCUCAAACAUACGGCCUAGGAUGCUGGAGCUUGAGCUGGAACGCAUGCUCAUGA